GUCGUCGUCUGUGACAUUUUGUUGUCGUUGGGUGCUCUGGGUGGCUGCCACACGAUGUCGAAACCCAUCGAUUAUUCAAAAUGGGACAAUCUCGAUUACAGCAGCGAUGAAGAUGACAGCCUGCCUCCAGCUGCCAUCGGCAUGACGGCGUUAGCUGCAAGCGAGAAGACCCAGAAGGAGCUGCUGGAGCAGGUUCGUCGCGACCUGCAGAAGGCCAAGCGCGAGAACGAGCCUGACACCAUCGGCCUUGACGGCAUACUGGGACUGCUGAGCGAGGAGGGCUGGUGGAGCGACUCAGACGAGCAGUGCGUCGACCCUGGCAAGGUGCUGUAUCCCUUCGAGAGCCUCAUCAUCUUCAACUCAUUCGCCCAGUUCCCUGUUGGGUUCAUGGCGAGAGAUCGAGCCACGGGCAAGCUGCCGACACGCCUGCCGAAGGGAACGACGAACCCCUUCUAUAUGUCACUCGAUGACUACGGCAAAUGUGAACAUUGUUCGCCAGGGAGGACGUGUCUGUGUGUAGCUGUUCAUUCGUGUGUUGCUUCAGAUAAGGUGGAAAUUGCUAUCCAGGCGUCUGAUCCGGUGGGUCUGCACUCACUAGUAUGCACAAUACGGACAGGCAUACUUGUUUGCACCUGCGCAGGCCAAGGGCGUGACGAUGGGCGAUGCCGCCAAGGCCAUCAACGAGCUGAGCAAGGCCAAGCGAGAUGCUCUCAUGUACAACUCGUUCCACGGCCAAUGGCCUCACCACCAGUGAGUGAACAAGGCAACGGCGGUGGCCGUGACGUGCGUGACCAUGUGAGUGUGGGUGUGUGUGGGUGUCGGUGUGUGUGUGCAGCUUCCUGGAGGGUGCGUUCCGCGAUAGUACCGGCCGAUACUAUCCUAUGUUUGGCAGCUAAAUGGCUGGCCAAGACGACGCCAAAAACACAUCACGUGAGUUGCACACGAGUUGCGAUGAAGAAGGCGGCACGGAUGGAGGCCUCUGUGGUGUGUGUGUGUGUGUGUGUGUUGCAGUGAGCUCUUGUGUUAGUAGUUUUUUGGCGUGUAUGUAUUACUCCGAUUGCCCAUCCGUGCGUGUGUGUGUGUGUGUGAGAGAGAGAGAGAGAGAGAGAGAGAGGCGCAGUGAGUGCGGGCGUGUGGCUCUGAAGCGCACUUCUCGGUUUUUGACCCCGGGGCGAGAGAGAGAGGGGGUGCCUUAGCUAGCUGUGUAUGAGCAUAAAUGCCACGUCGACAGAGCGACAGACCCAGUUUAUUUGUGUGUAUUCCGUGAUCAUGUGUGUGCCGUGUCUGUGCAUUUAGGGCUUUUUGACAUGCAGGGCAUUGCCGGCACACAGGUUGGUUCCGCACCGCACGGCCCUUUGCCCUUCGUCUCAAACGUUACCUUGACACAAACGCACACGUCAGGCAGGCAGGCAGGCAGGACACUCAUCCUCCCUAGCCAAUCCAAGCCAUCCAUCCGCUGCGCUGUAUGCCUGCGCGUGUACGAAGACAGGUGAGUGUAGGCCGAUUGGCCAUCCGUGCGUGUGUGAGAGAGAGCGGCGUAGUGAGAGAGGGCGUGUGGCUCUGAAGCGCAGUGCUCGGUUUUUAACACCCAACAAGCGAGAGAGAGAAGGAGAGGGGGUGGGGGGUGCCUUAGCCAGCUCCGUCUGCGGAUACACACCACGUGGACAGAGCGACAGACUCAGUGUAUUUGUGUGUAUUGCGUGAUCAUGUGUGCGCCGUGUCUGUGCAUUUAAUGGCUUUUUGACGUGC